CUCCCGGCAACGACAGCGACUCCCAUAAGCCCCCGUACUCCUACGUGGCCCUGAUCGCCAUGGCGAUCCGGGAGAGCGCGGAGAAGCGUCUGACGCUGUCCGGGAUCUACCAGUUCAUCAUCGGCCGCUUCCCCUUCUACUCCCGCAACAGGAAGGGCUGGCAGAACUCCAUCCGGCACAACCUGUCGCUCAACGAGUGUUUCGUCAAGGUGCCGCGCGAGGCGGGGGUCUGCGGCGGGGGUGGCGGCGCGGACAGGAAGGGGAACUACUGGGCGCUGGACCCGGCGUGCGACGACAUGUUCGAGAAGGGCAACUACCGGCGGCGGAGACGCAUGAAGCGUCCCUUCAGGCCCCUCCCACCACCCGCGCCGUCGCUGCCGCACGCGGCCGCGCGCUUCCCCCUCGCCAGGAGUGUGUUUGGCGGAGAGGCCUACGGGUACGCGCACGCAGCAACACACAACUACACACACACGGCAAAUUACACACGCCCCACAAGCUACACGCACAUGCCCGGACUCCUCAGCUGUGCUUGGCCGCCGCCUGCACCAUCCUCCCCUUCCCCCUCCCCUGCACGCUAUACCUUGUGCCCUCCGCCAGGCGCCAACGUGGACGCCAGUGUGCCCGCCACUGCGUACGGCGCCUACACAUGCAUGCAGAGCCUUAGCAGCAGUGCUGCUGUGGUGGGCACUACUACUUACAACAGCCUGGGCCUAGGCCAUGGCAUCACGCCUACCCUGCCCCCUCCUCCUCCUCCCACCACGCCUCUGGGCCCCCACUCCUCCCCUGCCUCUCCGGUCGCCGCCGGCACCAACGGAACCUGCGGCCUUCAAAUGGCCGAGACUCCCAUGAUGCACUGCGCUUACUGGGAGCCGGAGAGCAAGACGGUCUCCAUGCACACACACACACACUGA